CAUUGAAUAAUCAAAAUAAUUAAUACGAAGUGGUGUUUUGUGGUUAAUGAUCGCAUUAAGUUAGUCGGAAGACAUUCGCGAGUGUUAUUAUAUUGGAGUAUUCAAUAAACAAAGUGUAUCUGCCUAUUUUCGCUUCGUGUCAGGAAGCCGCUUCAUAACUCAAAAGUUUAUGCGGACUUUUGAGUUAAUUCGUUCGGGGUUCGGAGUAGGAGUCUACUCCGAGGGUGGGGGCUUAGGUUUCAUCAUCAUCACCUUUCAUCAUUUCAUUAAUCAUCAAGAAAAAAAAUACGUCAGACAUGGCUGUAUGGGCAUAGUUCCCUUUGCCUUACCCUUCGGGGAAAACCAAAACAAAAAAAAAAAAAAAAAUGUAUUUAGAUGUGUGAUUAUUAAGAAAUUAUCAUUAUUGGACCUUUAAAUCAUGGAAAGAAUUAUAAAAAUUGGAAAAACUCUACGUAAUAACUGGAAGAAAUCUACGGUCGGUGCUUUUGCGCUCUACUACGCUGCUGCAACUGCCAAAGAGCGAUAUGAAAUCAACAUUCUUAUGCAAGCAGCUUGCAAAGAAGCAGUAAAGUAUGGAGAUGCUCUCAUUCCCAUGGAUAGAAACCCAACCACCAUCACUGUAAUACUUAACCCUGUUGCUAACAAGAGGAAAGCUAAGCAGGAGUUUGAGAAAUACUGUGAACCACUUUUACAUUUGGCUGGUUUACAAGUUGAAGUGAUACAGACAACAUCAGAGGGUAAUGCAAAGGAAAUAGUGGAGACACUGAGAGGAACAGAGGCUAUUAUUGUAGCUGGAGGAGACGGCACGCUGUCCGAGACUGUUACAGGCUUACUCAGAAGAAAUGACGGCGCCAAUCAGUUCCCUCUCGGAGUUCUACCACUGGGACGAACAAACACAUUGGGUAACACCUUAUUCCCUGGCGGCAAAGGCGUCGAGAAAGUCAAACAACUUAUCGAGGCCAGCAUGGCAAUUAUCAAAGGCAACACCGUUUGGAAAGAUGCCAUGAAGAUUGAGCCAAUUGCGAUGGAGGAAGAAGUACCGAAUAAACCUAUCUACGCUCUUACUUCAGUAGAAUGGCGAGCUUUCAGAGAUACACUCGCGAAGAGAGAUAAGUAUUGGAUAUACGGCCCGCUGCGAGAUUAUAUGUCGUUCAUAUUCAAUGGAUAUAAAGAAUCUCUCGCCUGGGCUUGCAGUGGCAUGAUCAAAUAUACUCCGCCAUGUGAAGGGUGCAGCAACUGUAUGGAGAAAAGAAGGGAGCCCUCUAAAAGAUGGCUGUUCUUUAUCCCUAACACGUAUGCCGCCCAACAGUCAGACCGCUCUGCUGUAGAAAACCCUGAAUGUUUAAACACUGAAGAGCUCUGCUUCAAAACGUGUGAUUUUAAAAUUCAAACACCGAACAUAAUUCGAACUAAUAACUCUAUCCCAUCCCUCCAAGUGAAAAUUGGAAAGAAUAACUACUCUUACACAGAGUUUGUUGCUGAAGGUUGGAAAAGGUUAAACGGUGAAAACGACAAUGCUAAGACCAUUCCGGUGAGGACGGUCGAAUUCCGACCAAGGAUCGAUGAAGACAAAGAAAUCACAAUCAGUAUCGACCAGGAAGAAUUUGAAGCUAAGCCGGUAAAAAUAACAUUGUUACCUAAAGUUGUUAAAUUGUUUUGUAAACAACCACAAGUAAAUAUUAGCGAUGAGUAGCGUUAUGUA